ACCGGGAGUUAAAAGAAGGCCUAAAUAUUGAGGAUUACUCUCUCUCUCUCUCUUUCUCUCUCUUAUCCUCUUUUUCAGCAUGGGAUGUUCUGGCCUUUCAUUUGAGUUUGUGUACUUUGGACCCGAGCAGCCAUGAACACGGCCAGUGGCGUUCAUCGAGGCUACCUCAGGAAAUACGGGGGCUUCAUGUUGAAGCAGUGGAAGGACAAGUACGUGGUUCUCACCGUGGAAGGAAGCCUGCUGGUGUGCCGCCACGCCCAGUCUCCGCCCGACCAGGUGGUGGAGCUGCAGAGCCACUGCGAGUCCGUGGUGGAGGGCCGCGAGAUCCUGGACCUGCCCCGGCUCCCCGCGGGGGCCCGCAGGGACUGCUGCUUCGCCCUGGUCCUGCAGAGCAGCAAGUUCCUGCUGCUGCUCACCGACAACCCCGACGACUGCACGUUGUGGCUGAAGCUGCUCAGGAAGGUCCGAGAGGGCGUCAUGUCGCCUGCCAGCCUGCAGAGGCAGCGCAGCGUCACCCGCUGCAUCAGCGACAGAGACCCCCCGCCCGACUCCCCCGGCGACAAGGACCCCCCCGGCUCGCCCAGGGUCAGCGAGGGCACGCCGCCGUCCGCCCACGUCAGCGAACGCUGCGGCUCCUUCAGAGACGGAGGCGCAGUGCGGCGGUCUCUGCGCGGCGUGCCCGUGGUCCCCCCUCACCGCGUGUCGGACUGCCUUCGCCACGGCAACAGCAGCGACGCCCGGGCGGUGAGGGCGGUGUGUCUGCUGAUGGGGGGAGCGGCGGCCUCCUCCGCCCUGGGCUACCUCCAGUCCUGCUCGCCGCCCUCCCCGCUGGCUGGCCGAGCGCCAGAGUUGGCGCACGAAUCGGGCGUCUUCUCCGAGGCGGCGGCGGGGGGGUCGUGCCACGCCUGCGGCCAGGACGCCGACGCCCACGCGGACUUCAACACCUUCGACUUUGAGGGCGACUCCGACUUUGACUUCGACUGCGGGGGCUUCGCCUUUUAAAGAAGGUGAAGAGGUGAGGUGAGGCCAGUAGUUGUGAGGAUGAAGAUGGCUUUUAAAGAAGGUGAGGCCAGUAGUUGUGAGGAUGAAGAUGGCUUUUAAAGAAGGUGAAGAGGUGAGGUGAGGCCAGUAGUUGUGAGGAUGAAGAUGGCUUUUAAAGAAGGUGAAGAGGUGAGGUGAGGCCAGUAGUUGUGAGGAUGAAGAUGGCUUUUAAAGAAGGUGAGGCCAGUAGUUGUGAGGAUGAAGAUGGCUUUUAAAGAAGGUGAGGCCAGUAGUUGUGAGGAUGAAGAUGGCUUUUAAAGAAGGUGAAGAGGUGAGGUGAGGCCAGUAGUUGUGAGGAUGAAGAUGGCUUUUAAAGAAGGUAAAGAGGUGAGGUGAGGCCAGUAGUUGUGAGGAUGAAGAUGGCUUUUAAAGAAGGUGAGGCCAGUAGUUGUGAGGAUGAAGAUGGCUUUUAAAGAAGGUGAAGAGGUGAGGUGAGGCCAGUAGUUGUGAGGAUGAAGAUGGCUUUUAAAGAAGGUGAGGCCAGUAGUUGUGAGGAUGAAGAUGGCUUUUAAAGAAGGUGAAGAGGUGAGGUGAGGCCAGUAGUUGUGAGGAUGAAGAUGGCUUUUAAAGAAGGUGAAGAGGUGAGGUGAGGCCAGUAGUUGUGAGGAUGAAGAUGGCUUUUAAAGAAGGUGAAGAGGUGAGGUGAGGCCAGUAGUUGUGAGGAUGAAGAUGGCUUUUAAAGAAGGUGAGGCCAGUAGUUGUGAGGAUGAAGAUGGCUUUUAAAGAAGGUGAAGAGGUGAGGUGAGGCCAGUAGUUGUGAGGAUGAAGAUGGCUUUUAAAGAAGGUAAAGAGGUGAGGUGAGGCCAGUAGUUGUGAGGAUGAAGAUGGCUUUUAAAGAAGGUGAGGCCAGUAGUUGUGAGGAUGAAGAUGGCUUUUAAAGAAGGUGAAGAGGUGAGGUGAGGCCAGUAGUUGUGAGGAUGAAGAUGGCUUUUAAAGAAGGUGAGGCCAGUAGUUGUGAGGAUGAAGAUGGCUUUUAAAGAAGGUGAGGCCAGUAGUUGUGAGGAUGAAGAGGGCUUUUAAAGAAGGUGAAGAGGUGAGGUGAGGCCAGUAGUUGUGAGGAUGAAGAUGGCUUUUAAAGAAGGUGAAGAGGUGAGGUGAGGCCAGUAGUUGUGAGGAUGAAGAUGGCUUUUAAAGAAGGUAAAGAGGUGAGGAUGAAGAUCUACCACUCCUCACAGUCUCAUGGCUUGCUUGUCACAUUUCUUCCUCCACAAUAAAACACAUUGGAACCUCAAAAAACUUAACAUUUACUUUGGUUUUUGCAGGUCUUUUUUUUUACUGUCAUGGCUUUUAUUUUGACGGUACAAUUCUGCCGACGGAAGUUCCAGUUUUGUACUGUAAAAUCUACUUUCACUUUUACAAUGCACUACUUUGAUUGGAAAAACACCAGCAUGGUUAUUUUUACAGUACAUGUAGUUUUAAGCUGCCAGGUUUUGUUGUAUUGUGGCGAGUGAUUUGACGGUCAAAUGUGUC